GGUUUGUUUACUGGCGAAGAGCCUGGGAAGACUGGGAUCCUACUAGAGCUGGGAGACUCUACAAACUACCUCUCCAUGUGGAAUUAAAACACGAAUUAGAAAACAAUUACGAACUAUUUGCGCUCUUUUCUCAUCCCGACGCACAUCGAACUGUCCUGGCAGCAUUUGCACAGAGCACGCGCACAACUAGGAGUAUUUUUUUCCCUGUUUUUUAACUUCCAAAUUAAAGAGGAGAGCUUCUGAUCUGCGACGAAGUCUGCCUGUCAGCCUUUUAUUUAGAGUGGGGGUCUUUGUGAAAUCUCUGCAGUGUCUGAAGAGGACUUUUCAAGCUCACGUAAUAAAAUAUUGUAAUUUUUCCAGCAUCGUUCGAGAGCUCCGUUUUUGGACCUGAGAAUUUUUUUUCUUCGAAAAACGAUAACGUUGCGCCACGCUAACAUUCAAGUCAGCAGCUUAAAACCCCUCAGCUGGGUGUGUUUUUUUUAACAAAGGUUUUCACUCAUGCAUCUUGUAAACAGUUUUUUAAAACACGAAGCACUGCGGUUGAACAAGUCAUGGGUGGCGCUUAUUAGCGUUUAAAUUUAUUGGAAAGCUUCGGAGAGAAGCGCAAACUUAAUUUGUGGCCUGGACCAGUGGGGGGAGCCAAGUUAGCAGCGGUGCUAGCAUUGACAACACAGCUCAGGCUCGCACAACAACUCUUCUUUUGCCUUUUAAAUUUUUUCUUCGGAUACUGGUGAACUCAAACAGGGCGCUUUUCCGAUAUGAAAACAAGAAACAGCUGAAGCCUUCAUGCGCAGCGUUAGCGGAGAAAUUUGCAUGAGUGCUAGCUUUAGCAGCGUUGGCUAGUUUUUGAGUGAACACGUUGGACAAGUUUCCUCCGCCCAUCUUCCGGGAUGUCUUUUAUUUAUUUUUGUUUACUUGUUGGCCCACGCCGUAAAACAAACCCUGUUUCCUGAACCUAUAUCUGCUGCGGUGUGAACUUCCCUCCUCGUCUGGGAGUUUUUGAGUAUUUUAGCCACAGAAGAGCGUUGAAUGUUUUCAGUUAUGUGGCUCCGGACUUUGUGUUUCGUUCUGACCGGUGUCUGCGUUGUGAUGAGCUGUCAUCGAGCUUGUGGAGAGAUUUGUCCCAGCAAGGACAUUCGGAAUAAUGUGACCAACCUGCGGACCCUUGAGAACUGUACUGUGAUUGAAGGCCAUCUGAAGAUCUUACUCAUGUUCAGGACCAAGCCAGAGGACUUCCGAGGCGUCAGUUUCCCCAAGCUGAGAGUGGUCACUGACUACCUGUUGCUCUUCAGAGUUUACGGCCUGGAGAGCCUCAGCAAUCUGUUCCCAAACCUGACGGUCAUCAGAGGCAACAACCUGUUCUUCAACUACGCUUUGGUGGUGUUUGAGAUGCUCCAGCUGCGAGAGAUCGGCCUCCAUAGCUUGAUGAAUAUCACCAGGGGAGCUGUGAGGAUUGAGAAGAACCCAGAUCUCUGCUAUCUUUCCACACUGGACUGGUCCAAGGUCCUUGACUCGGUGGAGGACAACUAUAUCAUGGCCAACAAAAAUGACAGAGAGUGCGGUGAUGUCUGCCCAGGGGCGGCCGUAGGGAAGACCACCUGCCAGGCGACAACCAUCAAUGGGCACUUCAGCGAGCGCUGCUGGACACAAAAUCACUGUCAGAGAAUGUGCCCAUCUCAGUGUAAACACCGAGCUUGCACCAGAGAUGACCAGUGCUGCCAUGAGCAGUGUCUGGGUGGCUGCACGCAGCCAAACUCAGCCGGUCACUGCGUGGCGUGCCGUGGUCUCCAGCAUGAAGGCACAUGUGUAGAACGCUGCCCAAAGAACAGCUUCAUCUACAAGGGCUGGCGCUGCGUUUCCAAUGCCUUCUGCCAGGACCUGCACAACAGGUGCAAGCAGGAGAAAGAGAAGAACAAGAACUCAGAUUGCCACGACUACGUCAUCCACAACGGUGCCUGCAUCCCUGAGUGUCCCUCUGGCUACUCAAUAGGCAACUCCUCGCUCCAUUGCACACCUUGUGCAGGACCCUGUCCCAAAGUGUGCAGAGGUCUGAAGACGGUGGACUCUGUAACUGCAGCCCAGGCUCUGAGAGGCUGCACCGUUUUAAAUGGGAGCUUGGUCAUUAACCUGCGAGGAGGAAACAACAUUGCCGCUGAGCUGGAGGCCAGUCUGGGCCAGCUGGAGGAGAUCACUGGCUACCUGACAGUGCGCCGGUCCUACGCCCUUGUUUCCCUCUCAUUUUUCCGUAAACUCCGUGUUAUUCGUGGAGAAGAACAGGAAGUCGGAAAUUACUCGUUUUAUGCCCUGGACAACCAGAACCUACGGCAGCUCUGGGACUGGUCCAAACACAAGCUAAGCAUCCUGAAGGGGCGCAUUUUCUUCCACUACAACUCCAAACUCUGUAUGUCCGAGAUCCUAAAGAUGGAGAACGUGACAGGAACCAAAGGGCGGCAAAGCCCGAACGAUAUCACCCCCAAGACCAACGGAGACCAGGCCUCAUGUGAGAACCAUUUAUUGAAGUUUGUCCAGGUUCGAACCAUGAGCGAUAAGAUAAUGAUCAAGUGGGAAUCCUUCUGGCCUUCAGACUUCAGAGACCUGCUGGGUUUCAUGGUCCUCUACAAGGAAGCACCUUUCCAGAACGUAACCGAGUUUGAUGGGCAGGACGCCUGUGGCUCUAACAGCUGGGUGAUCGCCGAUGUUGACCCUCCGCGUCGACCUACUGAUGGAGACAAAGAGCGUAUUGAACCGGGCCACCUCAUCAUGCCCCUGAAGCCCUGGACGCAGUAUGCCAUCAUGGUAAAAACCCAGCUGUCAGCAUCUGAUGAGCACAAGGUCCACGGAGCCAAGAGCAACAUCAUCUACGUCCGCACCAAUGCCACCAAACCGUCAGUCCCACUGGACCCCAUCUCCUCAUCCAAUUCCUCCUCUCAGAUCAUUCUGAAGUGGAAACCUCCCAACGAUCCCAAUGGCAUCAUCACUCACUACCUGGUUUUCUACCAGCGGCAGCCUGAAGCCAGCGAGCUCUACAAGUUUGACUACUGCCAGAAGGGGAUGAAGUUGCCAUCACGGGUGUCCACUCAGGUGGAUAGUGAUGAGGAGCAGAAAUGGAACCAGACUGAGGAGCUGGGCCAGGGGACGAGAUGCUGCGCCUGUCCCAAAACUGACAAGGAGCUCAAGAAGGAGAAGGAAGACUCGGAGUACCGGAAAACCUUUGAGAAUUACCUCCACAAUGAAGUUUUUGAGAUAAAACGCUCGAGGCAGCGACGAGCCGUGAUGGGCGUGGCCAACAAAACACUCCCGUUCUUCCCCACCGCCUCGAGCCUGCCCAGGGGCACAGGUGUCCCCGAAGGUGAAGAUGAGGAAAACUUCGAAGGCACCAAGACGAUGGUGGUCGUUCAUUCCAAGGAGUCCACAGUCAUCUCCAACUUGCGCCACUUUACCAGCUACCAGAUCGAGAUCCACGCCUGCAACCACCCGACAGAUCAGACCCGCUGUAGCAUGGCGGCGUACGUCAGCGCUCGCACGAUGCCCGAAGAUAAAGCUGAUGAUGUCUUGCCUCCUAUCACCCACGAUGUGACGGAAAACACGGUGCACAUAAGUUGGCAGGAACCUGCAGCCCCUAACGGCAUCAUCAUCCUAUAUGAGGUGAACUACAAGAGACUGGGCGACACUGAGGAGCUGCAUUACUGUGUGUCGAGGAACAUGUACAAAGUGUCCCGUGGCUGCAAACUGAAAGUGAUGCAUCCUGGGAACUACACUGUCAGGAUCCGAGCCACCUCGUUGGCUGGGAACGGAUCAUGGACCGAACCUACUUACUUCUAUGUUCAGGAUGCAAGCGAUCCCCUCUACAUUGUGAAGAUCAUCAUCGGGCCAAUCAUCUGCGUGGUUCUGGUGCUGUUUAUGGCCGUUGUGGGAUUUUUCAUGUUCAAGAAAAAUCAAACCCAAGGGCCUAGCGGUCCCAUUUAUGCCUCUUCAAACCCUGAGUAUCUCAGCACUAAUGAUGUGUAUGAGGAGGACGAGUGGGAGGUACCCCGUGAUAAGAUCGCCAUCCUGAGGGAGCUGGGUCAGGGCUCGUUUGGGAUGGUCUACGAAGGCAUUGCAAAGGACAUUGUGAAGGGCGAGGGCGAAACACGCGUCGCAGUGAAAACUGUGAACGAGUCGGCCAGCCUGAGGGAGAGAAUCGAGUUCCUGAACGAGGCCUCGGUCAUGAAGGCCUUCAGCUGCCACCAUGUGGUGCGUCUGAUGGGCGUUGUGUCAAAAGGACAGCCGACGCUGGUGGUGAUGGAGUUAAUGACCCACGGAGACCUGAAGAGCUACCUGCGUUCUCUGCGUCCCGAUGCCGAGAAUAACCCCGGACGCCCUCCGCCCACUCUGAAAGAGAUGGUCCAAAUGGCGGCUGAGAUUGCAGACGGCAUGGCGUACCUCCACGCCAAGAAGUUUGUCCACAGAGAUCUGGCAGCUAGAAACUGCAUGGUAGCUCACGAUCUGACAGUCAAAAUAGGAGACUUCGGUAUGACCAGAGACAUCUAUGAGACGGAUUACUACAGGAAGGGAGGGAAAGGCCUACUGCCCGUCAGGUGGAUGGCUCCUGAGUCUCUGAAGGACGGCGUCUUUACUGCAAAUUCAGACUGCUGGUCAUUCGGGGUUGUGCUGUGGGAGAUCAGCACACUGGCCGAGCAGCCAUACCAGGGCCUGUCCAAUGAGCAGGUCCUCAAAUUUGUCAUGGACGGAGGCUUCCUGGACCGACCGGACAACUGCGCCGACAGGCUACACAACCUGAUGCAGAUGUGCUGGCAGUACAACCCCAAGAUGCGCCCCGCCUUCCAGGAGAUCAUCGAGAUGCUGAAGGACGACCUGCAUCCCUCCUACCGCGAGCUGUCCUUCUUCUACAGUGAGGAGAACAAGCCACCAGAGACAGAGGAUUUCGACCUGGACAUGGAGAACAUGGAGAGCAUCCCGCUGGACCCUUCGUCGUACUCACAGAGGGAGCAGUGUUCGGACAGGGAGGAGUCCUCCAUGGGCCUGAGGGGGAGCUACGAGGAGCACCACAUCCCUUUCACACACAUGAACGGGGGAAAGACCAAUGGACGAAUACUGGCCCUACCACGGUCCAGCCCCUCCUAACACACAGAGCACAACCUGAAGUGUCACCAUAGAUCUGAAUCUAUUUUUGGUUCUCAUUUUAUAUAAAUCACAUUUUUAUCAUUUUGUCCGCUGAAGCAACUCAAUGCAAAACUCAGGACCUUAUUUUUCUCUCCAAAUGCCACAAACACACUACAGUCGGUCCACACACGGACGUCUCAAGACACUUUUUGUAUUUAAGGAUGAAUCUCCUGCGUCUCUGUUGUUCGUGAUUGUACUUUAUAUACUGUAUAUCUAUACAGAUAUAGAUGAAUAUCUAUAUCUGUUGCCAAGUUUGUGCUUGACUGGAUGGAAAUUGGAUUCAACUGUGAAACAAACUCUUGACAUACAAGAAAGGCUGCUAAACCUUCUGUCCCUUCCCGAGCCCAGGCCGCGUCCCCUUUUCCCCGACUUUAGGGUUCACCCCCGGAUUUCUACAUUUUGAGAGGUGGAAAAAAAAGAAAAAGUGCCCUUCUAUUUUGUCUGUGGCCUACACCAGUUGUCAUGGAAGUGUGUCUGAAUCUUUGUAUGCAAACGAAUGACAAACUGUAAAAGAAGCAUUCAAAAAAGACUUUCAAGAAUCUCUGGAUGGUUGAAGAGGAAUCCAUCCUCAAAACAGACUUUAAUCCACUGGAGAAGCUGGUUGAAGUGGCUUACCUCCUCACACUCUGCAGUAUUUCAAAAUGGCACACAGGAUACACACACAGGACAUUUGUUGGGUUCUUUUUCUUUUAUUUAUUUACCUGUCUUUCUGUUUGUUUCCUCUUUUUGUUUCCCAUAUUUACAGCUGAAGGAUAUUUAAACUGUUUUCAAAAACGUGUUGACAAACAGGUUCAUCAGAUUUACCAAUAGCUGCUUUGUUGGUAUAUUUUAGUGGGUUUAGAAGUUAAGAAAUAUAUAUAUAUAUAAAUAUAAAUAUUAUAUUGAUGUUUUUGUACAUAGUGUUCAUUCUCGAGGUAUUUCCGGUUAGAUAAUGUUUUUACAUGUUAGUCUCUUAUGUUUGUUCUUUUCUAAUCCAGAAAAUCAUAUUAAUGAGCUUUUUUUUAGGACUCUUGAUCAACCAACAGCAUCUGGGUCUUUUACAGUAAGCUGCCCAGGAGGAGGAGGAGGAGUGUUGCUCAUCAUCUUAAAUUGUCAGCCCAUCAUACAAGAUCAAAUAAAGUAGAGCUGUAAAUAUUGCAGCAAAGUGCAUUUAA